AUGCAGCAGCAGAUGGCGAACAAGCUCGAGGGCGCCCGGUUCCGGUGGAUCAACGAGCAGCUCUACACCACCCCCUCGACGCAGGCAGUUGAGAUGAUGAAGAAGGAGCCCAAGAUCUUUGAGGACUACCAUAACGCGCACCGCGUCCUGACCGCUGCCUGGCCCUCCCCUCCGCUCCCACACAUCAUCGAGCUACUGAACCCUCUUCCCCAGCGAAGCGUGAUUGCAGACCUGGGUUGCGGCGACGCCGGACUGGCAAAGGAGCUCGUGCCCAAAGGCAAGGUUGUCCUCUCCUACGACCUGGUCGGGGACGGGGAGUGGGUCACGUCUGCCGACUUCCUGACCCACGUGCCUCUGCCAGGACGUAAGGGCGGCCUGGCGGCUACGGUGGCCGAGGAUGAUGCGCCGGUCAAGUCGAAGAAGAACAAGAAGGGCGGCAAGCGCGACCCCGACGCUGCUGAGGUCGUUGAUGCUGUUGUGUGCUGUCUUUCGCUCAUGGGCACGAACUGGCUCGGUGGGAUUUAUGAGGCUGCCAGGAUCUUGAAGCAGGGCGGCACGCUGCACAUUGCCGAGGUCACGUCGCGCUUCACCAACGUCGGCGCCUUCGUUACCGCCGUCGAGUCGUUCGGCCUCAAGUGCGAGUCGCGCGAGGAGCCGAGCACGCACUUCAUGCUGUUCCGCUUCACGAAGGUGGCGUCUGUCCCACAGGGUCCGGCGCGAGGCGAGCCAGGAUGGGACGAGCGCAUCAAGAAGGGCGAGGCUAUCCUCGAGGCGUGCGUGUACAAGAAGCGAUAG